CGAAAAUGAAGCUCAAAAAUUUACGAAUAAAUCCUUUGAGUCGAGUUCAACGAGAGGAAAGGGAAGAAGAACCAAGUACUUCAGGAGACAAAACAUCAGAGGUUAUUUUGCCAUCUGACAGCAACUUUAAUCACAUAAAAUGCAAGGCAGUUCGACAUCAAAAAUGUCUAAAGUUGAUGAAAGAGAAAGCAAAGGCCAAAAAAGAAGCCAAGAAGAAAAGAAUUCAAGAAGGUGUUCCAAAACAAGUACCACAUACUCUUGAGAGCUUAAGGGAGAAAGAUGAAACUACUGUUUCUGGUGAUCUUGAUGAUGAAGAAAAUGCAGAGCUUAAAGUCGAUUUUGAACAUGAUGAAUUUGCUCCUUUUUAUAAGCAUGCUUACGAACCUAAAGUUUUGAUUAGCUUUGCUGACAAUCCGACGAGAAAAACCAGAAUUUUUGGCAGAGAAUUAACAAGGAUAAUACCGAAUUCUAUCUCUUUAUAUAGAAACCGUUCUGGGGUAAAAAAGAUGGUAAAAAGUGCUAUAGCAAGGAAUUUUACUGACAUUGUAAUUGUUAAUGAAGAUCAGUGCAAACCAAAUGGUUUGUUACUUAUUCAUUUACCUGAUGGACCAACAGCACAUUUUAAACUUAGCAAUGUUAAAUUAACAGUAGAUUUAAAACGUAGUCACAAAGAAAUUUCUGAACAUAGACCAGAAGUUAUUUUAAAUAAUUUCACUACUCGCUUAGGUUGUACAAUUGGUAGAAUGUUAGGGGCACUGUUUCAUUAUGAACCUGAAUUUAAAGGCAGGAGAGUGGUAACAUUCCAUAAUCAAAGGGACUAUAUAUUCUUCAGGCAUCAUAGAUAUCAAUUUGACAUGGAAAGGAAUAAACCCAGAUUGAGAGAGUUAGGACCUCGAUUUACCCUAAAAUUGCAGUCACUGCAACAUGGAACAUUUGACAGCAAAUAUGGAGAAUACGAAUGGAUUAUACAAGGAAAAAGACAUGAUAUGGAAACGAGCAGGAGAAAAUUUUUCUUAUAAAGUUUAUUAUUUAAUAUAGAGAAGUGUUUUAUUAUGAACAAUGAAAAGCUCUUUUAUAAGAAAUAUAAAAAUUUCCUUUUAUUAAACUUUUACAAAAUGUGAACUUGUAGAUAUAAAAUAAAGAUAUUUAAAUUUAUCUUUUAA